CUCUCCUCCUUUCCCACCCGUCCCUCUUCCUCCCGUUCCUUCCCUCCUUCCCGCUCUCACUCGCUCUACAGUGCGUUCCAUAUUCGACGGGCCGGCAAAAAGAAGAGCGAGCGCAUCGUGUAUAUGGUGAUACGUGCGUAUCGUUUCGUCUCGUUUCGUUUCUGCAUUCGUUCGUUCUCGAUUGUUCGAUCGUUAGUUCCGUUUGUUCGCCGAAACGUGCAUGAAGAAAAGUGAAACGGAGCCAUGAACGUGGAAAGACCACUGGCAAAUGGUUGGGCGUAUACUGAUGGAGAUGUUUCGCGCAGCGGUCAAUAACAAAAUAACGCUAGUUGUUGAGGAAGUCAUGCAACAUGUGCAACUUGUUAUCGACGAUAAUGAUGCUCUAGUGCGAGCGGACCUGGUGGAGCAGAUUCCGAAUGUAGCGAUUAUCUGCCACGAGGCGCCGCAUCUCUUCGGCGACGUCCUCCGCAAUCACCUGCUCGGUAUCGUGAUGACGUAUCUGAACGACCUGGACAAUCAGGUACGGCUAAUGGCCCGAAGCGCGCUGACAACAUUGAUGAAACGAGGCCUUAUUGACAACGACACAAUCGAGAAUGUUAUCUGCCCCACGAUAGAAAGCCUAUCCUACUUGAUGGUGGAUGAACAUGUCCGAAACGCGAACAUCUCCCUCAUGUGUAGACUGGCACCGCUGAUUGGUAGCGAACUUACAGAAAAGAUCUUUCUGACGCGAUUCCUAGUCCUAUGCGAGAAUAACGACAUGAUGGUGAGAAGAAUCUGCGCUACUCACUUUGGGGAAAUGUGCACCGCCGUGGGAAAGGAGAAACUGUACAGCAAGCUGAUUCCUACGUUUGUUGAUCUGUGUGGCGACAGAAUGUGGAACGUGCGAAAAGCGUGCGUCGACGUCAUGAUGCCGGUCUCCUGCUGUUCAACGCCCGAGCAUCGCCGAUUGUUACUUGCGGACAUACUGGCUAAGCACUUGAACGAUGACUCCAAAUGGGUGCGAAUAUCGGCUUUUCAGAUACUCGGACCGUUCAUAUCGACUUUUGCCAAGCAGUUCGCCGAAGUCACUUAUAAUAAGAAUGGCGAAUUAGUGUAUACCAGUAAGCAGGAUAAUUAUCCCAGCAUACGUUACUCGUACGAAGGGAUCUUUCUUUCGAAGGGCAAAAGUCAAAUGCCAGAUAUGGACGAAGAUAUGAUAUCAAAUACCAAAUGCAGAUACAAUACCGAAAAUUCGGCGUUUUACCGGCGUGUAAUGAACUUGAGACAUGAUGACGUUAAAAUGUCGGAUUCGGAGGGGGAACUUCAUGAGACUUGUCGUAAAUUGAAGUUCUUGGCAAAGUCGCGUGAUGCGCAUGAAGCGGAGAAAUACAAUCCAUUUUUAUAUUAUUAUAUACCUCCGGAUAUACCACUGGAUGAUGAGCUUACUCAUGCUGCAAGGCAGUCGGCAAUGAAUCGCAAUAAUGCCCAGAAGGUGACGGAAACGGAAGAAAAUUCCACGCCCGAGGAAGAAAAUAGUAAUUCGCCCUGUUCUUCCGAAAGUCCGAUUCCCGUCGUGAAUUCGGAUGAUGACGAUUCAAAUCUAAAUGGGCAAUCAAACAUGGAUGAUAAAAUUGAUGAACAAAAGGAAGAAGAUCAUGAGGAGGAAGAUCACGAAGAGGAUGAAGAUCAUUACGAUGAGGAGCGUUUUCCAGUGCCGAUACAGUGGGACAUAGAAUGCGAUGUUCGAUCACAAAAUCCAUCCAAAAGAUUCCAAAAAGUUUAUCAGCAAGAAUCCGAGGAGAAAAGAUUUUUUUUAUUUAAUAAUUGCAUCGAGACUAUCGAGUCUUUACCUAUUUUAUCACAUAUAAAUGUGAUAGAUGUGAUUUAUCACUCCACGCGCAGUAGUGACGAAUCUUGUAAGAAUUUAGAUGCGAAGAAUAACGGGCAAGAGAUCGUACCUCAAGAAUUAAUCAAUUACUACGUAUCGAUGGCCGAACCGGAGCAAUGCAUGGACAUGGGUGCCGAGAUCCCACAUCAUUGUGCCUUCAGUUUUCCCGCGGUCGCGCUCACACUCGGCAAAGAGAACUGGCACUGCUUAAAGAAUGCUUACCGGACGUUGUCGAUCGCGAAUCACUGGAGAGUCAGGCGUACCCUAGCGUCCAGCAUUCACGAGAUUGCCAUGAUUCUGGGCGAGGAACUCACUGCCACUGAUCUCGUGUCGAUCCACAAAGGUUUUAUCAAGGAUCUAGACGAGGUCAGAAUAGGUGUGCUCAAGCAUUUGGCGACCUUUCUGAAAAUACUCAAACCCAUCAACCGCCGUCAAUAUCUGUCGAGGCUGAGCGACUUCCUCGCCACGGAUAACAAAUGGAAUUGGAGGUUUCGGGAAGAACUGGCCACGCAAUUGCUCGAGAUUGUGAGCCUGUUCAGUCCGAGCGAUGUGGCCGAGAGUAUCGCGCCGCUGUCUUUCCAAUUGCUUGUAGAUAAGGUUGCCGCUGUUAGAACCAUUGCGCUUGAACUGAUCACACGAAUAAUGUGCUACUUGUCUACCGAGCAUGCUCUGGCAAUGUCCCUUAUUCACGAGCUUCGAGAGACUCUAGUUCUAGAUGCUAAAAAGUGGAUCCACCGGCAAACUUAUGCACUCGUAUGCGCCCAUCUGAUCCGCAACAACGCGAUCCCAGCAGACAAGUUUACUAAGGAAAUGUUACCAUGUUUGAUAAGUUUAUCGUGCGACAGAGUACCUAACGUAAGAUUAGCCGUGGCGAGAACUAUAGCGACGGAUGUGAUCGCGAUGGGUUUGGACAAUUUGGGCAUGGACGCGAUGGAAGAAGUGGAAAGAAUACUCACGAAAAUGCGCGUUGAUGUGGACCGAGAUGUGCGAGUGCUAGCCGGGGGUGAAGAGCAGCAAAUAGACAUACUAGCUUAUUGUUCCUCCGAUGAAAACAAUCAAGUGGAACAACAAGCAAGAAAUAUAUUAUUUUAAUAGUGAUGUAUUCUGAUCUCAUAGAUCACGACGAAGUCACUGCGGUUUUAUAUAUAAAAAAGAAAAAAUGAACUUUAUAUAUAUACACACACGAUAUCACAAGAUGCGCCUUGGUUCUUCCACACUGUGUGACUAGGUCUUGUAAAUGAUAAGCCAAAAGUGUGCAACCAUCAGGCUUUUUGACCGCAAACUGACGUACACGUAUCAGAUCUACCGGAUAGUUGCAAUUACAGAUAGGUCGACGAUGUUAAAACAAAGCUCAAAGUUGUCAUAGCGUUCACAAUUUAAGUAAUCGAGUGAUAGAAAUAAUAUUACAAUUUACAAUGACUGACUUGCGUCCUUUUAAGGUCUAGGACAGAAUUUCGAGGUGUCAAUGCGCACGGUAUGCGAUCAUUGAUACUGAAUUACGUAACGAUGCGUGAGUGUUAGAACGUUUGUAUGUAUGCGUGAAUACGUGCGCGCGAGGAAUAGGUGCGUUUUAUCAUUGCGAUCAAUUUGUACAUGUGACGCUGUUCUCCUGAAUAAGUCGAAUAUUAAAUAGUUGAAGGCGUUUUUUUUACAUUGAUAUGGUUCUUCUCAUUCGCUUAAUUCAUUUCACGAAUGUUCGAUUGUACAAUUUUUCGGCGCUAUAUCGUGUAUCGUUAUUUUGUAGCAUUUUUUAUUGCGCACUUAGUCAAGAGUGAGACGCAGCAUAACAUCAAAAAUGUAAAUUAGAUAUCGAUAAGGCGCAUUUUGUUUAAAUCAACAGCAUUUACGAAUGUGCCAUGCAUGGGAAUAUUUUACAGAUUGUUUAUCAAAAAAACGUCAGAUAAUUGACAUGUCUAAAAUUAUGUUCGAUGAAAGAUAAAUGGAUGCUAAUUAUAUAUUUGCACACUAAAAGUCAUAAUAUUGAUCGAGUUGUUUUUUUCGGCAAUUAUCACAAAAUGUUGAUUUUGCCUUUGCAUUUAAAAACGGUCUUUAUGGAUAUCCAUCGAGUGUCCAGGAAAGAGUAAAAAUGUUAAACUGUUGAUGAUUGAAGAAACUUAUACUAAUGAUGUGAUAAUAUUCCAAUUGUAAUAAAAUUCGCCGUAUAAACAUAUAUUUGCAUUUGUUGAAUAUUUUUUUGACAAAUAAUUGCUUAUAUAGAGAGUACUAUCAUGUCAUCUAGCUUAAUAAACAAAUGAAUUAUACGUUGCUCACACAGUACACUUCGAUUCUUACGUUACGCCUAAAAAUGUUAAACAAUUAAAUUUUAUUAACAUUUUUUUUUAAGUCAAUAUCACAGAAAACGUACGUAAGAGAAAAUGUAUUGUAGGAAACUUUUAUAAAUAUUGUACGAUAUCAGAUUUUUUAUAACACGCAAAAAAUGUACGGAUUGCUGAUAGAGCGAAGUCCUGCGCCAUUUGAUUAGGAAAAGGCAGCAGAGAGCAUUGUAUAGAUUUCGUAUCUACUUGCACGGAAAGUAUACGCUCGUGUUAACAUUUUGUCAUUAACGAAGGAGCGGACAAUCGUAUCUCGUUUGACUUUGUGACAAUGAAUACGAUAAUUGAGCUACGACAGACUUACUCUUUAAGCAAUGAAAGCCCUCGUUAUUUGUGAAUACUAAAGGCGAAGAAGGAGAUAUUGUUUAAAAUGCUGUAUAAUAUAUUAUUGUAUUUGAUAAUGAGAUGAUGAGAAAUAUACAUCAAACGAUUUGUUACAU